UAUUAUUAUAACCAUCUAUAUCUUUUCCCCGGAUCUCUACAUACCUACUUUACUCUACGACUCCCAUCUCCUCUCGCAUACCACUCGUUUAUUAAUUCGACUACGCCUUAAUAAUAUCAUCUAUUAAAUUAUUCCCGUCCCAAACCAAUCCGAAUUCUAUCUAGCCAUGUCCGAGGGAGCGACCAUUGCUGCUUCUGCUGCUGCCGCCGCCGCCGCCGUCGAAUCCCCGGGUGGUUCUAAAGCAAGUGCGGCAAAGGAUAGGAAUUGUCCAUACUGUGGCCAGGCAUUCACAUCUUCGUCGUUGGGGAGGCAUCUAGAUCUAUAUAUUAAAGAGAAGAAUCCAAAAGCCCCAGAUGGCAUUCACGAUGUCGAGGCCAUUAGGAAGAUGCGAGGGAGUAUCACCCGCAGGCAGCCUAGGGGCUCUCUUGCUCGGCGAGAUACCUCGACCCCCGGCACCCCGACAGCCUCUUCGAGAAAGAGCCCCGCUCCCGAUUCUAUCGCGAAAUCUAAUGCUAUACCGAAAGAAGGUCAAUUUGUCGUAGAUAAUCAGAUGCCCAGAUAUCCAUUCCAACCUACUUGGGAAGCUACUGGUGUAAUCAAUGAUAUUCCGGCAAGGAAUGGGGAAUUGAAGAGCAGCCCAGACGAUGGUAGCGGCCAAGAUUCCAGGCGACUUCCCAUGCAGCGUGCACCCAGCAGGACGGUCCAAAAGUCUCAGUUAGAGGCAAGACAGAAGCUUUCAGAUGCUAUGGAUACAGCAAGAGCUGCCGAACUGGCACUUCGGGAAUUGCUUAGUUCAUGGAGGGCCGCGAAGCAGCAAAUAGACAUGGACUCUCUUCCGUUCGAUUUCGAUCCCCUUUCUCUCGACUUCCCUGCCCUUACCCUCCAAUGUCUUCAAGCACCACCUACAUUGUUUUCUUCUACACCGCAUCCGACGUCGUCCUCCUGGUCCAUACAGCCCCCGGCUCAGAAGCAAUUCGAAGCACUCAAGGCAUACUUCAAGGAGGAAUUCAGGAAGUGGAAGGUCGCUUGCGCUACUGCAACUACUUCGACGCAUGAGGAUCUGACGUAUCCUCCUUCUAAAGCGAUCUUGCCUCGUGAUGCACGUGAUGCUGUAAAGAGGGCAGAAGAGGCGGCAGCCAAGCUCGAAGCACAGGUUUGCGAGCAUCUACAAUCAACUUAUCAUGUCUGGGAGCAACUAUCCCUUCAGAGGAGGACCGAGCUUUGGGGUCUUGAGUUGGCAAGGAGCGUAGGGAGACGACAGAAAGAAGUGGAGAAGUUGAAAGAGAAACAUUUUUCCAUCAGACAAGAAAACGCCAACCUCAAGACCCAGAUCGACCAGCUCAACCGUCUACAGCAGCCGAGAGAGUUCAGGAUAGCUCCUCCAACAACAAUUCCUAUCGAAGAGUCUCUUCUCUCGUAUUUGCUAGAUCUGGGGAGCAAAGGCUAUAGGGGUGUCGGUCUUGAGCCUGACGACCGCCACGUCGAUCUUGAUACCAUAGUGAGUCGCGCUAUUGAACGAUGGAAGGCAGUCAUCGUGUCGUCACGGGGAGCCGGUAUGGCUGGACAGAGAACGCUCGACCAAACGACCUCGACCACCCCGACUAGCACGACCACUAAUCCUGUACCCGCCCCUCAAGCCCAAAUGGCGGCCCAUCCCCAGCAACCACAGCAACCUCAACAACAUCAGCAACAAGGAUCUAUUUCCAUAGCAUCUAAUACGCAGCUGAACGAGCCUGCGGCGACGGCGGUAACCAUGUCAGCGACCACAAUGGCGCCCGCUACCUCUACCACACCCGACGAAAACAGCGACCAAGAUGCCGAUGCAGAAAUGGAGGAUGAUGAAAAUUUUGCUACAAUCACUCCCGUCAUAGCAAAACCGCCGACGCAGCCGCAUCAGCAGCUCGAAAUAUCACGAACGAGGAAUAUUGAUCAACGAGUUUCUGGUAAUACUAAAACCCAUUUCGCCGUCAAUGGGACGAUGCCUAAUCAAGGAAUUGACGUACGGCAAACGAUGCAAAAUCUGAAUGCUGGUGCCUCAGUACCAGGGCGUAUGCAUAGUCAACACGGACAUGCAAUAAUGAAUAAUGGUGAUUAUGGGUCAAUUGUUCAGGGCGUUAACGGCGGCGAACCAAUGUACAUGGAUUAAUAGAGGGUUUCACGGCGAUCCUGGCGUUCAAAAUAGCGAAAGUUUGGUGGUAGUCCAUCUGAAGCGAAUCCCGGCAAAACAAAUUUAUACUCUAGCUUUUAUUCUGGCCUCAUGUAUAGCUCCAGC